CCAUCUUCUAAACAAAGCCUAAAAGUCGUCCAUAUCCUAAUAACAUCACCAUUAUUAAACAUCGAGGCACGCUGCGGAACCUCACAUUUAAUCCUUAUUGCAUCAUUCUUUUCACUUCUUAUCCAUUAUUUUCCAUAUCAGCUCCUAGGUCUUAUUGGCUUGAAAUACAGUCAUGUCUGUGAGAGUUGUCGCGCGGAUACGUCCGCUCCUAGACAAGGAAUUGGACAAGGACGUAAUCGUACAUGCUGCCAGCAACGAUGAUGGCAAGACAAGCAAUGUCGUCAAGAUCCCUAAUCCCAAGAAUGAAUCAGAGGAGUUCUCUUUCACGUUCAAUGGCGUGUACGAUCAAUUAACAACUCAAGAGGAGCUAUUUGCAGCGGAAGUCUCCCCUCUUCUUAAGUCCCUCUUCCAAGGCCUCGAUCUUACGAUAUUUGCUUAUGGUGUCACCGGAACCGGAAAGACUCAUACAAUGCGUGGUGGAUUAAAAUUGGCCGAGCGCGGUGUUAUCCCGAGACUCCUUAGUGGUGUCUUCCGUAGAGCUAAGAAGAUUGCCAAAGAUUCCGAUGGCGAGACGACGGUAGACGUUGCACUCUCAUACUACGAGAUUUAUAACGAUAAGGUCUUCGAUCUCCUCGAACCCCCUGAGAAACGGACGCCUUCAGGUUUGCCUCUUCGUGCAGAGGCUAAUGGCAAGACUGUUGUUGCUGGGUUAUCUGAACGUCCUUGCCAGGACCUAAAGGAUUUUGAGCGACUAUAUAUCGAGUCUAACAAUAAUCGUAUCACCGCAGCUACAAAGCUUAAUGCUCACAGCAGUAGAAGCCAUGCUAUUUUGCGUGUCAAGCUUACCCAGACAACAGGAGAUAUGGUUAAGGAGAGCACGGCAUCUGCCAUUGACUUAGCUGGUUCGGAAGACAACCGGCGGACAGAAAAUGGCAAGGAGCGGCUGGUUGAAUCUGCUGCUAUCAACAAAAGCUUGUUUGUGCUAAGUCAAUGCAUUGAUGCCAUCUCGAGAGGAGAUCGUCGGAUACCUUUUCGGGAGUCGAAAAUGACGCGAAUCCUCUCCCUCGGCCAAAACAAUGGCAUCACCAUUAUGAUUCUGAAUCUUGCACCGAUCCGAAGCUACCAUCUUGACACGCUCAGCAGCUUGAAUGUUAGUUCGAGAGCUAAGCGAAUCGAAGUUCGAGAAAUCGAAAAUGAGGUUGUAUUCAAGCAACCGCCUCGUUCUAGCUCCAACACUAGUUCAGGAACGGCUCGUCAGCCCCUGCGGCCUCUCGCGAAUGUGCAUAACAUCCAUUCGGGGACAGUGGCGGCAAAUAAAGCAGCAGACAAGCCAGAUCGCCCCGUCAAGGCAUUUAGUGUCUUUUCUGAUCGAUCGAAACCGCAACCCGCUUCUCGACCAACAGCCAAUACCACGAUAAAGCGAUCGCCACCCCAGCAUAAGCGCCCUUCGGAUUCCGAUGGUGGUAGUCGGCCAUCUAAGAUUACCCGCCCAGCAUUGGUACCCCGGUCGGCUAAACCUUCACAGCCAGCUCAACUAUCCAUGUCUGCUGACCAGAUAGAGGCAAUGGUAGAGAAGAAGGUCAGCGAGAUCCUCGCAUCUCGAACCCAGGCUGCUCCAACACCACCCGAAAUUAACGAAGCCGUCCAGAGACGCCUAGAGGCUCUAGAGAAGCGUAUCGAGGACACGCGCCAGGACGACUCGCGCUCGGAUGGAUUGCGAUUCUUACUCAUGGCGCGACAACAUAAGGAACGUGGCGAAGAAGCCAGCGCUCUCAAGAUGUACGAGAUGGCACUACCUUACUUCCCCGGUCAGGCCAAGCUUCUUGGGAGGAUUGAGAAGCUUAAGACUCGGCUGCAGGCGAAACGUGAGAUUCCCGGUGAAAUGGGUACCGAAGUCGACGAAUAUCUAGCUGAGAAGAAGCAUAAGAAGCUUGACCAACAGAUCGUGGACGACGAUGAUUUCAACGGCCUGGAAGCAGACGACGAUGGCGAGAUCUAUAUAGGUAAAGGACGUAAGCAAGGAAAGAAGUCCAAGGCUACAAAAGCACCUGCAGGGGAAUUUUGUGCGGUGGAAGAAGGCCCCAUAUCACAGAAUUUGCUAGAAAUCGUGAACUCGCGAGAUGUCGCUCUGAUCAGGAGCCUACAGGGCUUUGGACCUAAGAAGGCUCGGGAUCUAGUAGACUACUUAGAGCUGCUGCCUGAAGAGGAUGGCGGUCGUAUCGAUUCACUAGAACAGCUUAGAGCGGUCCCUGGGAUGGGUGGUCGCACGGUAGACCGCGCGUAUGAAGGCUUACUUGCAUCUUCCGGCGUUGCUUGUUAAAAGGGCAUUUUCUUUGGUCUGGUCACCUUAGGCUGCAUAUAUCGGCUGGCGGUUCUCUUUGCAUUCAGGCUCAGGCCAAACCAAGCUUGCAUAGGCGUGGCGUUAUAGGAACGGUAGCAUUUGCUAGGGUUACAAGUACUGGUUUCGAUUAUUUUUUACAAGGGUUCUUUGCAUCAUUCAGAGGAACGUGGAUGGGAUGUCAGUAGAGGGAGACCUUUCACUUGGAAUUGAGCGUCCGUAGGACCAAAGUUUAAGUGGAUGCAUCUAGAGAGAUGCUAGGUAAAAGGAAGGAAGACUUGAGUACCUAGAUAGGUGAAAUAUUACAGAUUGGUUGAUUUA